CUGAGCUAUUACGUACUAAUACAUUUUCAUUAAAGAUGUAGAUAAGAUAUACGAAAAUUAAAGGUGUAAUAUAUAAAAAACAAUCUCAUUGAAGCGUAUGUCGGUGGAUGCGUAUGUGCAGGGAGAGAGAGAUGACGUACAUGCUGACAACAUGCAUGGCACACGGUUCCAUUGGAGGAGGAGCAGUCACAGGUGUGAUGAAAGCAUACCUUCAUCAUCCGGCAACACUGCGGCUCCGAAAACGAAGGUUGCGAAGCAAAAGAAGAGAGUUGAAGCAAGGAGAAAUGGAACAAGAAGAAACAUCUUCUUCUUCAUUUUGCUAACGAAAACACCUUCACCUAUCCUCGCAAAAUGGUGCCAAAAUCAAAUUGAUUGCUCUCUAAUGCAUGAGGAAAGCUGCGAGGAAGCAAGGGAUCGAAUAAUAUAACUUCAGCUUUUGGUUUGAGUGAUAAAAGAGAGUAGACUUCAAUGACGUACAAGUCAACUAUUAUUGUGUAAAGUUUAAGCAAGUGUCUAGUGUCUACUUAUUUUGUGGACAACUUGUAAACUUAA